GGUCAGGUGACGUCACGCGGUCGUGUUGAUGCUGAACUCAACUACCGCAGCAAAGGACGCAGGACACAAGUUAGUCUCCCUGCCACCAUAAGAAUAUGAGCAAACCUGAAGGUACUGAGAGAGCAGGACAGUCCAACUCGGACAACAGCGAAGAAAAAGACUGGGCGGCUGUCAAAGCAUUUUUUGAGAACGCGAAAACAACGAAGAAGCCCCGUCCGCCCAAACCAAGCAAUGCUGUAACCAUCGUGGUGUCCUCGCGAACGCUGUUUAACAUGGUGAAGGAGAGGAAGGUGUUUGAAGAGGAGGGGCUGGAGAGGUACGUCGAGCACCAGCUGGAGCUCGAGGAUCAGCCUUUUACCCCAGGGGUCUCGUUUCCUUUCGUAAAGGCUCUGAUGAAUGUAAAUGCUCGUUUGAGAGAACUGUACCCAGACAGCGAGGAGCUGUUUGAUAUUGUGCUGAUGACUAAUAAUCACGCCCAGGUCGGAGUUCGCCUCAUCAACAGCAUCAAUUACUAUGAUCUAACUAUAGAGAGAUUUUGCAUGACGGGUGGAGAGAGUCCAAUUGGUUACCUAAAGGCCUACAUGACCAACCUCUACCUGUCCAAAGAUUCAAAGAAGGUACAAGAAGCUAUUGAAGAAGGAAUAGCAGCCGCCACAAUGUUCCCCUGCGACAAUGAGAAUGAGCUCAGUGACACACAAUUGCGUGUAGCCUUCGAUGGAGAUGCAGUUUUAUUUUCCGACGAGUCUGAGAUUAUUGUAAAGAAACACGGAUUGGACACUUUCUUUAGGCACGAGAAAGAGUUUGAGAACAAGCCUCUUGCACAGGGCCCCCUGAAAUGUUUCCUGGAAACACUGGGUAAACUCCAGCGCAAGUUCUACACAAAAAACCAAAGAAUCAGCUGCCCUAUUCGCACUUACCUCGUCACAGCUCGAAGUGCUGCUAGCGCUGGGGCCCGUGUUCUGAAGACUCUACGGAGCUGGGGGUUGGAGGUGGACGAGGCCCUCUUUUUGGCUGGGGCUCCUAAGGGGCCUCUCUUACAGAAGAUCAAGCCUCACAUCUUCUUUGAUGAUCAGAUGUUUCACAUCGAGGGUGCCCAGGAGCUUGGUACAAUCGCUGCUCAUGUGCCCUAUGGGAUUGGACAGAAGUAUCAUAAGGGGAAACACAUAGAUACAAGUGAUGCUGAAAAAAAUGAAAAGAUUUGAUUGUCAAAUGCAAAUGUCCCAAUUCUUUAGGUACCUUAACACCUAUUCAGUGUCUUACAUUUGAUCUAUACAACAACUAAAAUAUAAAUGUUUACUUAUAUUAAUAAUAAGCAGGGAAGUGAAGCACAUGCAUAAAAGUCUCUGCAAGUUAUAGGUAAUUGUAUUUAUGUAUUUGGUUGCAUCAGAGACAGUUUUGAACCUUGAUCUAUACAGAUAGUUAAAUGGAUUGCUGGAAAUAUAAAUACAAAGAAGCUACUGUGCUCAAAAUGAUCUAGUAUACUGUACUAAUGCUUCAGCACUGUGAGGUUAAACUACAUGCUGAAGCCCUUUAUUUUUAUUUUUCAAAGAGAAUGAUGUGCAAUUAGAUGCAUUUACCAAUAUUUAUGCCUUGAUCACUAUGAUUUUUUUAAAGAUGUUUAAUCAAGAAUGAGUUUAAUUUAAUUAAGUUUAAUUUAGAAUAUUUAAUUCUAUCUCGGGGAAUAUACAUUGCAACUAUCUGUGUUUUAUUUAUAGUGCAAGAUGUUAUCCUUCUUAUAAAUUUAGCAGAAGUUUACCUACAUUU